AUGGGAUUUUUGAAUAUUCUUAUCGGAUUCUUAAUUAUCGAGGUGUAUGUGGCGAGGCCGGUGUGCUGCUCUGGCAUCCUGAGGAAACACAUAAAUCGACGGCAGCUGAAAUUAAUUGAGGGCUCAAUGAAUUUGGAGGCGGAUCCUUGUGAGAAUUUCUAUGAGUAUGCUUGUGGGAAAUGGGCCGACUAUGUGGAUGGGGCUGGAGUCAAUUUUCACGAUACCUUGAAUAUGAUCGACUAUCAGGCGAAUCGUCAGCUCUCCAGACACAUGAAAAGACUACGACUAAGAACUAGUCCUAGAUUCAUUCGCAAAGCCUAUGAAUUCCAAAAGUCCUGUGUCGAAGUGGAGCGCUAUCAGCCUUUGGAGUAUCUGCGUUGGCUAAAGAUCCAUGAGAGCGUAAAGUGGCCCACUUUGUGGAACAGGUCUAAGGUGCAUGCGGACUUCGAUUGGGUUCACACCUUGGCUGUUAUGAGAAAAUAUGGCAUGAAUGGCAUACUCAUCGAAGAGAUUGUGUAUCAGAAAAAGGAUGAUCCCAGUCGGUUGGUCAUCGAUCUGGAUAAGCCCGUGGAAGCGGAGGGAUUUGUCCCUCUGACUUAUGACAACUUCAAAAUAAUGAUUGACUCCUUAAAUGUGUACACCAGCAACAGAACUUUGCAGAACUUGUGGCAAGAAUUCAGUGCAUUUGAAGAGCUUCUUCUUAAGUUGGAUGACAUUCCCGAUGAUGAAGGCGCCCAACUAAUCACGGUGCGGGAACUCCCACUGACCUGGCUCCAAAAGUAUUUGAAAAUAGUUCUCAAUCAAACAUCCAUAGAUAUGAAUAUGGAAUUAUAUAUCCAAAAUAUUCCCUAUCUGGAGGCUUUGGAUGCCUUGCUUCUGCAGUACGAUAAUCGCUUUAUAUGCAAAUAUCUGACACUACGAUUUGUAUGGCAUUUAAACAUAAAAGGGCCCGAGAAUUUCAAGGAUGAGGAUUGUAUAUCAGCUGCACGCAGUCUAUUGCCCUCAGCAAUGCAUUGGCUUUAUGAACAGAUCACUCCUGAGAUAGAGCAGGAAGUACCAAAAAUUCAUGAACUAUUCAAUAGCGUCGUAAAACAUUUUAAGCUAGCGCUACGCUCCAAUGACAAUGGCUUCAACUCUACCAUACUCAAUUAUUUGCUGUCAAAAUUGGAUCAUAUUCAGCUGAAAGUUGGCAAUUUGCCUCGCGUGAACACGGUGCAGGUACUGGAGAAUCUUUACCACAACAUAACCCUCAACGCCUCAGAUUUCUAUGGCAAUCAUUUGAAACUGCUGCACUUCGGUGUCAAGGCUAUACACGAAGCCAACGAGAAUACCCUGUACACCAAUGUGACGAACUUUUUUCACUUGGAAAGCUACGAGACGGGUUCCAGUUCGUCGCCUUAUUUCAUACAACGCUCCAAUAUAGCCAUUAUACCUUGGACAACGUUACAGCGGCCCAUAUAUCAUCCGAGUUUCGACGAUGUCUACAAAUACAGUUCAAUUGGAUUCUUGUUGGCUCAUGAAAUUCUACAUGGAUUCGAUUACACCGGGCUCGAGGUAGAUGUAAACGGCAAGCUGAACAGCCAACAGUAUGCCAAUAUUCUAGCCAAUGAGAGAUUCGACCAAAACUAUCAAUGUUUGCGCGACCUUAAUCCCAAUGUCAUAGAUGAGAAAAUCGCCGAUGUCAGUGGGCUGCGUUAUGCCUAUGCCACCUUCUUCUCCCUACAUCCGGAGGCCUUGCACAAAUCACUCCAAGUCUGCGGCCAAGAAAUGUCUAUGAAGAAAUUGUUCUUUCUUAAUUUUGCCCAAUUUUUCUGUGGCAGCAGUUCAUCCCAGGAUUUUAUGGACACCAGUGAGCAUGGUGCCGACAAUGAUCGUGUAAAUGAUGCCCUUUUGCAUUUUUCAGAGUUUGCGAAAACCUAUGGGUGUGACAGCCAAAGUCGUUUACAGCCAUAUAAAACCUCUGUCAAUGUCACCCAUACGCUUAUGUCGGGCACUACCAUUAUCAUAGUGUAUAUGAUAGGCAUUGAUGGUGUCGUCAAUUGA